AUGGAAUAUCCGAAGCAGUCAGAUAUGAAUAUAAUGUUCAAUGAAUCAAUGUACAUGCCAAAUAUUACAUUUUGCAUGUCGAGACAACAGGCUUGGAGCCAUCUUCCUCUUAAUAAUUCAGGAUUGACUGAUGAGUGGGACAAAAGAGUAGAGGCUGAACUCAAAAAAUUGAAUUCUCGAGAAAGAUUUCUGGAUGAAGUCUGGGACUAUCGGCUAAUUGUUGAAGCAUAUGAGGUAAUCGCAACACUGAACAGUAUGGAACGAGAAACGACAGCACAAGGAUCCGCUCGGUCCAUCAAUUUUUUUCGUACUCAACCAAGACUUCGAGCUAAACGAGCAAUGGUUAAGGCAUGGUUAAAUGAAAUUAAGCAUCGUGGUGUAACAUUCGAAGAAUUGACCCAGAAAGUUGGCUUGGAAACUAUUAAAUAUUCAAUACGACGAUUCCAACGGACAACAUUUAAUGAAAGCAUGAAAAUUAAAACCAGAUUUAGAACCUCCUGGAUUUCAACAAUGCAGUUUUGCUUUCAACCAUGGUUUGAUGCGGACAAUUACUUAGAAAUAAGAAAUCAGGGAAAUUUCUUUACGAUGCUACUAUUGCAUAAUGCUGGUAAUCUGGAAGGAGCUAAUAUCGCCUGUAUGUCUGUUGAUUUUCAUGGACGACCCAGUUCAUUAUCACGAUUCAUGGAAGGUCAAGGUCGAGCGCGAGAUGGAUUUAAUGAUGACUUAUGCCUUGGUAUCCGGCAUGAAGUAACAGUCGAUGUACGCGCAAGAUAUGUGAUGCUUGAAAAUGAUGACAAUGGUACGGCAUGUCGUAACGCUAUUAAAAAAGAAAACGAAUUCGACUGUAGAUCCAGAUGCCGCAUGGAAAUGAUCAGAGAUAUCUGCAAAUGCACGCCACCUACUUUGAGUUACCUUGUAAGAAAUGAAAACGAAUACAAUGAAUUCCCAAUUUGUGAUUAUGAAAAAUGCAAAAUCGAUGUUAAAAAUAUCACACAUUCGGAUCAUCAGUGUACUCGAAAGUGUUAUCGUUCUUGUGAUCAAACCACUUAUGAAGUAAGUCACGUACAACAUGGCAAAAUGUUUCACCGUGACUUCACAAUAAUUAAUUUAAACUGGGGUUCGUUUGAAUAUCUUACCUUGAGUCAGUACUGGGUAUGGUCAAUGCCAACAUUUAUAGCAGCACUUGGUGGAUCCAUGGGAGCAUGGCUUGGACUUUCAAUUCUUGGUCUAAUACAGGGUAGCACUUACCUAUACACCUUCUUAACUACAACAAUCAAAAACAAGCGCUCGCGACUGAGAAAUUGGAGCUAG